AUGCCAAGGGACCUGAGGGCAGUCAAGGAGGCAGUCAAGGAGGCAGUCAAGGAGGCAGUCAAGGAGGCAGUCAAGGAGGCAGUCAAGGAGGCAGUCAAGGAGGCAGUCAAGGAGGCAGUCAAGGAGGCAGUCAAGGAGUCAGUCAAGGAGGCAGCCAAGGAGGCAGCCAAGGAGGCAGUCAAGGAGGCAGUCAAGGAGGCUGUCAAGGAGGAUGUCAAGGAGGCUGUCAAGGAGGCUGUCAAGGAGGCUGUCAAGCCUCUACCUCCACCCCGCCAUCCUUUCUUUCCCACCGCGCCGUCCUCUCUCCCUUCCACCCGCCGUCGCCUCCCACCCGCCGUCGCCUCUCCUUCCUACCCGCCGUCGCCUCUCCCUCCUCCCCUCCGUCGCCUCUCCCUCCUCCCCGCCGUCGCCUUUCCCUCCUCCCCGCCGUCGCGUAUCCCUCCUCCCCGCCGUCGCGUAUCCCUCCUCCCCGCCGUCGCCUCUCCCUCCUCCCCGCCGUCGCCUCUCCCUCCUCCCCGCCGUCGCGUUUCCCUCCUCCCCGCCGUCGCCUCUCCCUCCUCCCCGCCGUCGCGUUUCCCUCCUCCCCGCCGUCGCCUCUCCCUCCUCCCCGCCUUCGCCUCUCCCUCCUCCCCGCCGCCGCCUCUCCCUCCUCCCCGCCGCCGCCUCUCCCUCCUCCCCGCCGUCGCGUUUCCCUCCUCCCCGCCGCCGCCUCUCCCUCCUCCCCGCCGUCGCGUUUCCCUCCUCCCCGCCGUCGCCUCUCCCUCCUCCCCGCCGUCGCCUCUCCCUCCUCCCCGCCGCCGCCUCUCCCUCCUCCCCGCCGCCGCCUCUCCCUCCUCCCCGCCGCCGCCUCUCCCUCCUCCCCGCCGUCGCCUCUCAAACCUCCUCGCCAUCGCCUCUCCUUCCCUCCCCGCCGUCGCCUCUCCUUCCCUCCCCGCCGUCGCCUCCGGCGACAGGUGCACGAGCGCAAGCGAGACUUGGUUUUUUGUGUAG